AUACACAGAUGCGACCAGCAAAUAUGAAUCUGUCAUGAAAACAGAGCCCAGUAUUGCUGAAUAUACAGUUCGUUCAAAAGAAAGGAUUUGUCACUGCUUUUCUAAGGAUGAGAAGCCUGUUGAAGCUAUUAGGAUAUGUUCUGAAGUUUUACAGAUGGAGCCAGAUAAUGUGAACGCUCUGAAAGACCGAGCAGAGGCCUAUUUAAUUGAAGAAAUGUACGAUGAAGCUAUUCAGGAUUAUGAAACUGCUCAGGAACACAAUGAAAAUGAUCAGCAGAUUCGGGAAGGCCUAGAGAAAGCACAGAGACUAUUGAAACAGUCACAGAAACGAGAUUAUUAUAAAAUCUUGGGAGUAAAAAGAAAUGCCAAAAAGCAAGAAAUCAUUAAAGCAUACAGAAAAUUAGCAUUGCAGUGGCACCCAGAUAACUUCCAGAAUGAAGAAGAAAAGAAAAAAGCUGAGAAAAAGUUCAUUGACAUAGCAGCCGCUAAAGAAGUCCUUUCUGAUCCAGAAAUGAGGAAGAAAUUUGAUGAUGGAGAAGAUCCUCUGGAUGCAGAGAGCCAACAAGGAGGUGGUGGCAACCCUUUCCACAGAAGCUGGAACUCAUGGCAAGGGUUCAAUCCCUUCAGCUCAGGAGGACCGUUUAGAUUUAAAUUCCACUUCAAUUAAACCAACUGUUUUCUGCUCUUCUUAAUUUUUUUUUUAAAGAUUAAAAACAAAGAAACCUUGUUCCGGGAUCCUAAUGAAAAAUAAUUCAAGUCUUUCAGUUUGUCCAUGACCAAAGAGUUGUUUUAAUGGGGAAAAAGCUGUUCUUACUCAUUUUAAACUUAAGAUUGAUGGGUCUACAAGGGCAGGGAAGUGAGGAAUGGUUCUGUUUCUGACAUGUCAACCUAUACUUGUUUCAUCAAUGUCUGGAAGAAGUGGUCUGAGGCGGCUCACCUGUGGAAGUGCUUAUGUAGUCUAAUUUUCAACACUGGAGCAGGUAGAGACUUCUCUUCACAGCUUUGCAUGGUACCUGGAAGGAGGAGCUGUAAUCUUCACGAGAAUAGGCAUAUUUCAGUAUUCUUAAAGAGAAUGAACAUUCUUAGGGACUACUAUGCUUAGAUUUUGGUUAGUGCAGUCAUUUGCAAGUGUUAAAUCACUGCUCCUCCUUUACUGUGCAAGUACUUACUCCUGUACCAGCGCCAACACAGCUAUCACUGCAGAAGGGGCAGAGUCCAUCUUUUAGUAAACUUGCCACCAAAUGGUAAUUGGUAUGUCCAGGUAUAGACUGUGGAUUGAUGCUAAGGAUAUAUUUUUUGUUGUUCUCUCUUACAGGAGAACACCAACUUAACUUGAAUUCAGUUGUAAAAACCUAUGGGCCCUUUUGUUUAAAAAACAGAACUAAAAUAUGUAAAAUAGGUUUAGAUAGUGUUAGUGGUAUUAUUUAAAAUAAUAUUGCUGAAGUUCAGCACAAAUGAAGUUCUGAGUUAUACAGAAUUUCCUAUAAUCAGAAUGAUGAUUAGAAAUGGAAAGUUGCUCAGUCAACAAAUAAACAUGGCAUGCCAUGAUUCCUACUUUGAAGCAAUACAAUGGGGCAGCUUCUUUUCCCCCUUCUGUUACAUUGGGUCAACUCUCUGAGAUGUAGCUGCUGCUGGUGCCUUGGACAGCAGCCUGCCCUUACAGGUCUAGAUGUCACCAGGUGUUCUGCCUAGGACACACUUACAAAUCCAGUCAGGUCCAGCUCUGUUUUCACUGUUGCUUCAUUUAUGUGGAUGGCAUCUCCUGAGCCACUCUCCACUCUUUAAGAAAGGUAACUAUAUAAGAGAUGUACUACUCAGUCUUUGUAUACUGGAUGAUUUUUGCCCUUAAAAAAUGAGUGUUACUAAAUCAAGAACAAUGAGUUUUUCUGGAACUACUGAUGCUGCAUUUAAAUCUAAGAGAAUAUUUUAGACAAGAAUUACUACUUUUAUUCUAGAAAGGUUUUUGUUUUUGUCUUGAAGCAUUUUUGAAACAUUUUAAACAUUAAAGGGUCUAAUAUAUUGCUUUCAUGAAAUUAAGCAUUUUAAUUUGUUGCGGAAGGCAUCUUGAUUGUGAAUGUCUACAGUAGCCAAGCACAAAUCGUUUUCUUCUACAGUCAUAUCCUUAAACUUAUGCAGAAGACUUUUUUUUAAAACUGAAGUACAUAAAUCGCAUAGUUGGACUGAACAAACACAUGCUUUUUUGCAUCCACUUAGGAGCCUAUUUCUUACCAAUAAACUUAACCAUGCAUUUUGAAAACCAUUGAACACCUUGCAGCUUUCAUUUUGCUUUAAUGUCUCAAAAUUGAAGCCCCUGUGAAAAUAAUUUCCAAGAUAAUUUCAUUUUUGUCUGUUCUUUAAUUACCUUAUUACUUCAGUAGUUACAUAACUUUUUAAAAAUACCUGGUUCCUUUUUGUGUCAUGAUGUCAUUGUGAAAUACCUACUUUCAAAAUAGGUAAUUCUUACUUUCAAAAGUAAGAAUUUUCACAGUUGGAAGAAAGGAAACAUUAAGUUACUAACCCUUUCAUUUGAAGAGGGUGAAAAGCUGCCAACAAGAAGCCAGAGGGAG